AUGGGUCCUCUAAGGGUCCUCCACGGGUCCUCCACAGGUCCUCUACGGGUCCUCCAUAAGUCCUCCACCGGUCCUCCACAGGUCUUCCAUAGGUCCUCCAAGGGUCCUCCAAGGGUCCUCCACGGGUCCUCCACAGGUUCUCCACAGGUCCUCCAAGGGUCCUCCACAGGUCCUCUACAGGUCCUCCAUAGGUCCUCCAAGGGUCCUCCACAGGUCUUCCACACGUCCUCCACGGGUCCUCCACAGGUCUUCCACGGGUCCCCCACUGGUCCUCCACCGGUCCCCCACAGUUCUUCCACGUGUCCUCCACUGGUCCUCCAUAGGUCCUCCACGGGUCCUCCAUGGGUCCCCCACAGGUCUUCCACAGUUCCUCCACGGGUCUUCCACAGUUCCUCCACGGGUCCUCCACAGGUCCUCUACAGGUCCUCCACGGGUCCUCUACAGGUCCUCCAGGGGUCCUCCAAGGGUCCUCCACAGGUCCUCUAUGGGUCCUCCAUAGGUCCUCCACGAGUCCUCCACAGGUCCUCCAUGGGUCUCCCACAGGUCUCCCACAGGUCCUCCAAAGGGUACUCCACUUGUCCUCCACCGGUCCUCUACAGGUUUUCCAGGGGUCCUCCACGGGUCCCCCACAGGUUUUCCAAGGGUCCUCCACAGGUCCUCUACAGGUCCUCCAUAGAUCCUCCAUGGGUCCCCCACAGGUCUUCCACAGUUCCUCCACGGGUCCCCCACCGGUCAUCCACAGGUCCUCCACAGGUCCUCCACGGGUCCUCCACAGGUCUUCCACGGGUCCCCCACUGGUCCUCCACCGGUCCUCCACAGUUCUUCCACGUGUCCUCUACGGGUCCUCCACAGGUCCUCCACAGGUCCUCCACAGGUCCCCCACGGGUCCUCCACGGGUCCUCCACAGGUCCUCCACGGGUCCUCCAUGGGUCCCCCACAGGUCUUUCACAGUUCCUCCACGGGUCCUCCACAGGUCCUCUACAGGUCCUCCACGGGUCCUCUACAGGUCCUCCAGGGGUCCUCCAAGGGUCCUCCACAGGUCCUCUAUGGGUCCUCCAUAGGUCCUCCACGAGUCCUCCACAGGUCCUCCAAAUGGUACUCCACUUGUCCUCCACCGGUCCUCUACAGGUCCUCCACGGGUCCUCCACAGGUCUUCCACGGGUCCUCCAAUGGUCCUCCAUGGGUCCUCUAAGGGUCCUCCACGGGUCCUCCACAGGUCCUCUACGGGUCCUCCAUAAGUCCUCCACCGGUCCUCCACAGGUCUUCCAUAGGUCCUCCAAGGGUCCUCCAAGGGUCCUCCACGGGUCCUCCACAGGUCCUCCACAGGUCCUCCACGGGUCCUCCACAGGUCUUCCACGGGUCCCCCACUGGUCCUCCACCGGUCCCCCACAGUUCUUCCACGUGUCCUCCACUGGUCCUCCAUAG